GGCACUACGCGUUCCCUCCAGGGCCACCCGCAGCUGCAACCGUGAGCUCCGUCGCAAACGGGCCUCCUCCUGCGCGCCCUCGGACUUUGGCUACGUGCUUCCCUCUCCCCCCGCCCCCGUUACUGGCCUCAGCUGGCUCUGUGUGUCGUCUCCUCUUCGGGAGCCGUCGUGGGAUAACGUCGUGUUGUGUAGAGUGUGCCUUCGGCUGCCGCGCAAGGAUAUUUUGGUGCAGCGGCAGCACCACCACCAGCAGCACCAUCACCACCUUUUGGACGGGGGGCUUACGGCUGGAGAGGGCGCCUCUUGAACUUCAGCUCGGGGGGCUCCAGAUGAGUAACUUUGGAAUCAAGAACAUGGAUCAGGUAGCACCUGUAUGCAACAUGUACAGAGGAGUGCUCAUGCGUCAGCCUGCAUUUGAUAAUUUUGAAGGUGCAAACUCUUUGUUUACUGGAUAUUUUCCAUCAUUAAAUGAAGACCAGACACUGCAAGAAGUACCAACAGGCCUUGAUUCUAUUUCUUAUGAAUCAAAUGGCUGUGAAUUGCCACUCUUAACCCCAUGCAGUAAAGCUGUGAUGAGUCAAGCUCUAAAAGCAACUUUCAGUGGCUUCAUCAAGGAACAGCGCAGACUGGGCAUUCCAAAUAAUCCGUGGUUAUGGACUCAGCAGCAGGUGUCUCAGUGGCUUCUCUGGGCUGCCAAUGAAUUUAGUUUGGCAAAUAUGAACUUUGAGAGGUUUGCCAUGAAUGGCCAGGAGUUGUGCAACUUGGGAAAAGAACACUUCUUGGAACUUGCACCUGAUUAUGUGGGUGACAUUCUGUGGGAACAUCUGGACCAGAUGAUAAAAGAUAAUCAAGAGAAACCUCAGGAUCAGUAUUUGGAAAACUCUCAUUUCACUUCAUCUCCUCACUGGGUCAACAACAAUUCAUUAGGCGGUAACAUGGAGCAGGCACAGUAUUGUGCUCAAGUGCCCAGCUAUCCUAAAACUCUUAACUAUCAAAAAAAUGGCCUUCUGGGUGAUUUGUCUGUUGGACCAAAUAUAGUUAACCCAGAACAAGAAUUUCAGAUGUUUCCUAAAGCACAGCUAGAAGCACUCAAUGUGAGCUACUGCUCUGCAAAUCAGGACUUCACAAGAAACAAUUUGAAUUUAAUGUUAGAUAACACUGAUAAACCUAGAGACAAUCAUGAUUCAAGUGAUAAUGGCACAGAAAGUUAUGAAGGCUUAGAUUCACUGCUACACUCUUGGAACAGCCAGUCCUCCUUAGUGGAUGUUCAACGUGUGCCAUCUUACGAGAGUUUUGAAGAAGACUGCAGCCAGUCACUGUGUCUGAAUAAACCCACAAUGUCCUUUAAGGACUACAUUCAGGAAAGGAGUGACCCUGUUGAACAGGGGAAACCAGUUAUACCAGCAGCAAUUCUCGCAGGGUUUACAGGUAGUGGGCCUAUACAACUGUGGCAGUUUCUUCUGGAGCUUCUAACUGACAAAUCUUGUCAGUCAUUCAUUAGCUGGACUGGAGAUGGAUGGGAAUUUAAACUAGCUGAUCCAGAUGAGGUUGCACGGCGGUGGGGCAGAAGGAAAAACAAGCCCAAAAUGAAUUAUGAGAAGCUGAGCCGUGGCCUGCGCUAUUAUUAUGACAAGAACAUCAUUCACAAGACUUCAGGGAAACGUUAUGUAUACCGUUUUGUAUGUGACCUACAGAACCUGUUGGGAUAUACAGCAGAAGAGCUUCAUGCCAUGUUAGGAGUGCAGCCAGACACAGAAGACUGAACAUUGCAAUCUUGUGUAACUUUGACAAACUACGUGAGAACACGCAAACUGUGAACUGGGACCCUCUACUGCAGUCACUGGUUUUAUCUACUGACUGUUUGGAGUGGUGCAACUGUGACGGACCUUGAAGUAAUUCUGAAAUGAGGAGAUGUAGAAGGAAAGAGAAGUGGCCUUACUGCGUUAGGCACAAUAGCUCCAGAUCUUGCUGUAUCAGUCGCUUUGAGCAGCUUGGAGGUCAGCACAGUUCCCAGCUGUACUCUGAAGAUAUGAAAGUUCUCCAGGGUGUAGUGGACUGGUUUUUUCACACUGCCAUGUAAUUAGGGGUAUUGCCCAUACCAAAGGCUGAUAAGCCAUCAGCAUUUCUAACUCAAAAGAAAAAAAACCCACCACCCUACAGUAGCAGCCUGACAGAUGUUACUUGUGGGGACGUGUAUGAUUAAGACAAAAGGCUAGAUACCCUUUUAAAAAACAGGUAGUGAGAUGACAUUGCAUUGGGCAUUCUCUUAAGUAUAUUUUUUAUCAUUAUACAAAAACAAGUUGUGUAGCCUCAAACCUUUUUGUCAAAGCUAGUGAAACAAUGGAAGAGAUCCCUCACAAGCAGGGGAAAAUCAUACCAUUUCAAAAUUGGUGUGUAUGUGUGGAUAUGUGUGUGUGUGUGUAGAUAUAUAUAUAAAAGCACGGUCAUAUGAUGCUCUGGCAAUUUAAUGCUCCUAUUUAAUACUGUAAUUUAAGCUAAUGUAAGCAUCUGAAAGAGGAAGAAAUUAAAUGUUUCAUUUUUGGAACAGCAGCACUUACAACGUCCUGAAAGUAUUUAAUCCGUUGGUUAAUUGUGGCUGACAAACUCCAUGAUAGCCCCCCCCCCC